AUGAGUUUUUCGAAGCUAUUAACUUCUAAAGUUGCUGCUACAAUUACAGAGAACUAAGCAGCUACAUAGCUUGUAGAUUUUAUGCUAGACAAGGCAAAGCAUAGUUGCCAGUGUUAUCAUAUUGGGACUACCUAUCAACUUGCCGAUUCACAUCAUCCCACUGAUAUUAUUCAAGCUCAAGACACUCAAAUAAAAGUAAAUAUACUAUUCUUGAAUAUCUUAGACCAGUCUAAACUCUUGGAAAAAUACAUCCAUUUGCUGUCAAGUAUGUUGUCUGGAUUAGGAAUAGCAUUCGAAUAACCACACAAAAGAGUAGAAAUUAUUUAUUAUGUGCUUCCAAGAAAUCUUGAGGGCAUCCAAAAUUUCAUGGCAAGAAGAAAACUUGACUCAUACUUCAAAUAUUAAGAGGUUCUUCUAUUCGCUAUAGCUAUGGGAAUGCUUGGAAUGUGCUUCAAUGAAGGUAAAAACUCAUUUACUCUUAGAGGAUUUACAGCAAAAAUUUGCAAAUAUCUUUGGACUGAAACAAAACAGCAAGAGAUCUAAACAAAGGUAGAUGAGAUGACAGUACCAUUCCCUUCUUUUGAAUAUGCAAAAGUUGCUAUUGGAAGUAUUGAAGUAGAUCCUGCUUUUACAGACACUAAAUCAAAAAAGACUACUAUUGAGAGAUAGAUGAGCAUAAGACACAUUGAUGACUAAAAUCUAAACAUGCCAGUUUAUGUUGACAUAUUAUUUACCUCCGAAGAAGAUGAAGCAGCUAGUCUGAGAACAGCCAUUACUUCAUUUGUAACGAACAUGAGUUUAGUAGCAAGUACUCUUAAGGAUUUUGGGAAAUGA